AUGUGGAGUUGGUCCUCAAGAACAUGCACUUGGCCAAGUUCUUCUCUACCACAUGGAAUCUACAAGGAGCUCACUUGUGAGUUCUUAGCUUCAAUGAGGUCCACAUGUAUGAGAGAAGAUAGAGCUGAUUUGGACCAAGGAUUGGGAUGGAUCACGUUCUUGGCUAAGGGAGAGAAGAGAAUGGUGACCUUUAGGCAGUUGGAGAUCUUGUUUGGGUUCAACUAUGGAGAGGGAACCAAGUGGAACUUCAAGGAAAAGGAACUCCAAAGGGUUUGGGCUACAAUCGCUGAUGGAGUGUACUCUUCCUCAAGGUCCAAGGCAGCUCAGAUCAGGAGCCCAGUGUUGAGAUAUGUGCACAAGGCACUUGCCAACACCUUCUUUGCAAGGAAGGCACGGGACAAUCAAUGA